AUGAUUACUUUUGGAGAUAAUAAAGAGAAAAAUACUGAAAAAAAAUAAUUUCCUCAUUCAUCCCAAUUAGUCAAAAAGCAUAGCAUAAAUUUGAUCAAAGUAAAGAAUUGUUUUUAACAUAAUGUUAUAGCUUAAGACAACUAAGAUAAUGAUUUUGUGAGCUCUCCAAUUGAUAUAAAGUUUUCUAAAGAGGAUAGUAUCUAUUUUGGUGAUUAAUAAUAAAUAGAAAAUAAAUAAAAUGAAAUUGUUCCUAAGUUAGUAGAAAUUAUUAAGAAAAUUCGGCUGAUUGAUAUAAGUAGAAGUAUUAUACAAAAAACCAGAGCUCGCAUGUUAAAGAAUAUGAAAACGCAUUAAUAUGAGUUUAUUAAUGAUAAAAGCUAAGAUUUUUCUGAUUUGUAGAAAGGAAACAAUAUCAGCUUUUACUUAAAGUUAUAUCCUCUUUGCCUGUAUUUAGUCCUUCUAAUAAUCUAAUUAUGA